AUGACCAUCCGAGGUCUCUGUAUAAAUAACUUCAUCCACUUAGUUGUGCUGCCAAACUCCCCAAGAGCUGCAAGCAGAUACAUGAGACUUAGCUCUUCAGUUUGGUCCCCCCACGUCGGUUGCACUUCCAACGCAAUGGAGCGUCCGGAAAACUCCACAGCCUCACACAAACACCCCUCCCCGCACCCGCAGAUCGGCUCAGACCCCCAGGCGGACAAAAGCGGCGGGAACGCAUACCUGUACAUACUGAUAGUCAUGGCUUUCUACGGAGUCUUCCUCUCUGGUAUAAUGCUCGGCUACUUCCGCUCCAAGCGGAGGGAGAAGAGGAGGAUCAACAUCUUCACGCGCCUAGUGCACGAGGAGGAGCAGCGGGAGUGGGGCGCGCUGCCCAAGAAGCACAGCCUCGCCUUUCCCGCGCCCGUCUCCGGGCUGCGCUCGGUGCAGGUGUCGCUGCCGUUCUGCGGCACCCACCUCGGGCACCUCCACCACGGGGACGCGCUGUGCACGGAGCAGAGCAGCGUCAGCUCCCUCUGCUCCUCCGCGGACGCGCGCUUCGCCAUAGAGGAGGAGUCGGACAGCGGCACGGCGGAGGGUCCGGAGGAGAGCGCCAAGGGAGCAUCCGAGAACAGCGCAGACGACUCCGGCUGAGCCGGCCGAAGCAGAGGAGAAACGCCAGCGGGUGGCUGUGAAAGCCCGGACAGUCCGAGCAGAAAUCCUCGAUUUGCCAUAAAGAAAUAAAUAAAAACUCGACAUUUCAAUGAGAUGAUCUCCAGAAGAGCCCCGGAAAGAGCCAGACAGGACUUUGUAGCCAGCGUGAAAUGUUUUAGAUCUCAGUCUGGGCCACAUUUGGCCAUAUUGGAACUUUGUGGUAGCUCUUGAAAUACUGAAAUAAGUGUCUUCACUUUAGAUGAUAAGACAACGGCGGUGAGAUCGAAAUGUAUGCACACACUGCUCCUUUUUAUAUGUCACAUGUUGGGAGAACUCCUCACUCACAUUUCAGUCAGUAACAUAGCGAAUGUAACAGCUCCGUCCAGCUCAGUGCUUUGUUCUUUACUCAUCCCCGCGAGGACAACUGCGGCUCGCCAGCCAGCUCAACACACACGUUACAUAGGAGAAGAAGAAUAACACUCACAGUAAUGAACACAUGAAUAAAGUCAAAAUAACGCAGCUGCACAGAAGAAUGAAAACAUAUAUUUACACGAAUCUCGUACCCAGUACAAUAAACCACGGUGUUGCUAGAGUACAUUAUUAUUUUAUUGUACAGCUAUGACUUUGCCUCAUGGUGGUGGUGACCCCUCCUGACGCCACACUGACAGAACCACCUCGCCGCUUCGGGCCGAUGACUCACCCUGCAGGGGGACGGGAGUGAGAGACUGGCUUCUUUCUGCGGAGGGGGGGCUGUUUGGACUGAACUUGACGUGCUCUUGCCAACACGGUCUUGAGCACUGAAAUGUACCUGGAACCCACUUGAAGGACUGUCUGAACUUGCUGUAGCUUCAAAGCGGACACGCUGUUCGCAGGCGGUUGGUGAUGUAGGUUUACUUGAAGAAAGCGAUGCACUGUACAUAUGAUUUGUAUUUGUCACUCUGUAAGGCUUAAUUUAAGAAGGAAGCUUUGUACUGUUUAAAAAAAAAAAAAAAAAAUUCUUUUGAAAUGAGCGUUAGUUUCCUCUUUUUUUGUUGCACUAUGAUGAACCACCAGUAGGGGGCAGUCUUUUAGUGCUUACUGAGUGGUUGCUACUAGCAAAUAAGGAAGAUGAAAGAGAUGAAAUGAAAGCGAGGGCAAGUCUAUUAAUAUCAUGUUAUUUUUAUAGAUAACCUACAUACAAUCAUCAGAAUAAUGCAGAAUAGGGCAGAUAAUAACCAGAUCAGUCCCACUAAUGCAACAUAGCUCAUCUUUUUUUGCACAUAUCCUCAGCUGAACCUGUCUCUAAGCCUCUAUCUCUCACACACAGACACAGCAGACUUAUGUCCCAAUUAUCCCAAUUAGGUCCCUGUGUUUAAAACUGACAGUGCUUAAGCUUUUGGUGGCAUUUAAAAAGCCUGAGGCAGGUCAUGAUUAUUUUUUUUUUCAUUUACUGGAAAGCUUCUUUUGGUGUGGGGAUUUAAGGUCGUGCAAAAGAACCCCCGAGGGAUCAUGGACUUCAUCUAAAGACGCUUCAGACUGGAUUUCAGU